CAGAGAACUUUAGAGCUCUGGCUGCUGCUCGCGCGGUCCAGGGAGGCGGGGGCGCGCAGGAGAUGCUGCUGGUGUGAGCUGAGGCUGCAGAGGCGUCGGAGGGAGCUCCGGAGGACCGAGCAUCAUCUUCCCGUGCACAGAGAGGAGGCUCCAGUGCAGCCUUUAUCUUCAUGACACUUGGAUUCAUAUUGUGCAGAAAUCUGUUGUGCUAAGAAGAAAGACUUCUGUCUCUCAGCAGGAGUAGAUUAAGGCAGCUUAAAAUAAUGCAGAAAAAAAGAUUAUUCCCAAGCAGAGCUUCUCUGGUACUUGUCUUGUGCCAAGUAAUUACAGCACUGGAGGUGCCACUUGACCUGCCUCAGCCUCCAACCAUUACUCACCAGUCACCAAAAAAUUAUAUUGUGGAUCCAAGAGAGAACAUUGUGAUUCAGUGCGCGGCAAAGGGAAAGCCCCCGCCAAGUUUCACCUGGACUCGUAAUGGCACACAUUUUGACACAGAAAAAGAUCCACUGGUGACAAUGAAGCCCAACUCAGGAACUCUUGAAAUAAACAUAAUGAAUGGUGGAAAGGCAGAAGCUUAUGAAGGAGAAUACCAGUGUACAGCCAAAAAUGACCGUGGUACCGCUGUGUCAAACGUUAUUGUCAUCCGUCAAUCCAGAUCACCACUAUGGACUAAAGAGAAGAUUGAACCUAUUGUAAUACAACAGGGUAUGCCUCUGGUCUUGCCAUGCAAACCUCCGAAGGGUUUACCACCACCCCUCAUUUUUUGGAUGAAUAACUAUUUUCAGCGAUUACCUCAGAACGGAAGAGUUUCCCAAGGACUGAAUGGCGACUUGUACUUCUCCAAUGUUCAGCCAAAUGACACACGAGAUUUUUACAUUUGUUAUGCGAGGUUUAACCUCACUCAGACUAUCCAUCAGAAGCAGCCAAUUUCUUUGAAGGUUCUAACAAUGGCUGCUAUGAAUGAAAGUAUAGCUGCUAAUUUAACUGAAAAUGAUUUUUAUGGUGAUAGCCCUGUUGAUAACAGACCUCCAACUUUUUUAACGCCUAUUAGUCAAACAAGUAAUAAAACUGUCCUAAAAGAUCAAGUGCUCUUACUGGAAUGUAUCGCUGAAGGACUGCCUACACCAGAGAUUCGCUGGAACAAAGAAGGAGGAGAACUGCCCAGCAAUAGAGUUUUUUAUGAAAAUUUUAAUAAGACACUAAAAAUAAUUGGAGUGUCGGAGGAAGAUGCCGGCAGGUACAGGUGUACAGCUCAGAAUAAUCUAGGGUCCAUUCAUCAUGUCAUUACAGUUAUUGUUAAAGCUGCACCUUAUUGGAUCACUAAACCUGAAAAUCUCAUACUGUCACCAGGAGAUGAUGGGACAUUGAUCUGCAGAGCUCAUGGGAAUCCCGCUCCCAGUAUUACGUGGUUAAUAAACGGAGUUGCAAUUGAUUUGGCUCCCAAUGACCCAAGCAGGGUGGUAGAUGGUGAUUCUGUCAUUUUCACCAAAGUGCAUGAACGGGCUAGUGCAGUGUUCCAGUGCAAUGCUUCAAAUAUUUAUGGCUACGUCUUGGCAAAUGCAUUUGUGAAUGUACUCGCGGAGCGACCACGGAUUCUUUCUUCACAAAAGAUUUAUCAAGUCAUUGCCAACAGACCGGCCUUGCUGCACUGCAAAUCUUUUGGAUCACCUGUUCCGAGUAUAGAAUGGUUUAAAGGUGUGCAGUCUAGUUUUCUGCAUGGAAAUAACUAUGUCUUCCAUGACAAUGGAACCCUGGAAGUACAAGUAGCACAGAAAGAUAGCAGUGGUAGAUAUACAUGUGUAGCCAGAAACAAAUUGGGCACAGACCAAAAAGUCAUUGAGCUUCAAGUCAAAGAUCCAACAAUGAUAAUCUCUCAACCAGAAUACAGAGUGGUUCAGAGAUAUGGCAGUACAUCCUUUGAAUGUAAAUUCAAGCACGAUCCGACAUUAGUAGCGGAGGUGAUGUGGCUGAGGAAUAACAGUGAACUGCUGGCUGAUGACAGGUACAUUCUUGAAAAAGAGCGGUUGACCAUCAAGAACAUAACAGAGAAGGAUAAAGGCAUGUACACAUGUGUGGCAAAUACUACCUUGGACAGGGUUUCGGCUAGUGCAGAGCUUUCUGUUGUUGAACCUACUCAGCCACCUCCAGUAAAGACCGAUCGGCCAGAUCCACCUUUAGAUUUAGAAUUGACCGACCGUCUUGACAGAAGCGUACAGCUCUCUUGGGUACCAGGAGAUGAUAAUAACAGUCCUAUUACAGAGUUUAUCAUUGAGUAUGAAGAUGCAAUGCAUGAACCCGGAGUAUGGCACGUCCAUUCUAAAGUCAGUGGUACACAAUCCACAGCAACCCUGUCCCUUUCUCCCUAUGUAAACUACUCCUUCCGCGUUAUAGCUGUCAAUGAAAUUGGUCGUAGUGACCAUAGUGAUUCAUCAGAACGUUACAUGACAAAAGCAGCAGAGCCUGAUUCUAAUCCAUCUGGUAUAAAGGGUGUAGGUACAGAGCCAGACAACUUGGUGAUCACUUGGAAACCUAUGAAAGGCUUUGACUGCAAUGGACCUGGUCUUCAAUACAAAGUUAGCUGGAGGCAGAAAGAUGUUGAUGAAGAAUGGACAUCUGUCACCGUGGCAAAUGUUUCCAAGUACAUAGUGUCUGGCACGUCAACCUUUGUUCCAUAUGAAAUAAAAGUUCAGACUUUAAAUGACCUCGGAUAUGCUCCAGAACCGGCAGUCGUGAUCGGACAUUCAGGAGAAGAUCUUCCAAUGGUUGCACCCAGUAAUGUUGAGGUGGAAGUCAUUAAUACUACUUUGGCAAAGGUUCGGUGGGAUUCUGUCCCUUUGACAUCUGUUCGAGGUCAUCUUCAGGGAUACAGGGUCUACUAUUGGAAAGCCCAAAACAAAACUAUCCGAAAUCGGAGGCACAUAGAAAAAUGGAUGCUGCCAUUUUCUGGAAACAGAACGCAUGGAAUGCUUCCUGGCUUACAGCCCAACACCAACUACUUUCUCAAUGUCAGAGUGGUCAAUGGCAAGGGGGAAGGUCCUGCUAGCAAAGAUAAAUACUUUGAAACCCCAGAAGGAGUUCCCAGUGUGGCAUUUCUACAGAUUAUACAUCAAUCUCAUGAUUCAUUGACACUGAUGUGGAGCCCACCAGCACAUCCGAAUGGGGUCUUGACUAAAUAUACUUUAAAGUACCAGUCAAUAAAUGCUACACAUGAAUUAGGCCCGCCAGUUGAAAUUACAAUCCCUGUAAAUGAAACAAGUCACAUUCUUAAGAACUUAGCUCAGAAUACAAGAUACAAGUUUUACUUUAAUGCACACACUGCUGUUGGACCUGGAAGCCAAAGUACUCAGGAAGCGAUAACUCUAAUGGAUGAAGGUAAGAUGGAUUCCUUUUUUGCCACUUCCACUGUUACACACAAAGUCCAUCCGUCGCAUUCUGGGGCUCAGCCAUUCGCACCUCUGAUCAAGAAUAUCACUGCUGCGGAAACAUCAGCUACUGUCGUGUGGAAUUUUGAGUACUUAGAGACCAAGAUCUUUGUUAAAUAUGUAGAAUUGAACAAAGAAGACUGGAAAGAGGAAAUUAUAAAUGCUACUCAGAGCGGCUUUGUAUUAAAUGGUUUAACUCCAGGAACAUCAUAUAGAGUUCGGGUUUCUUCUGAUGGUCGUACAGAUUCAGAAGAAAUAUUUCAGACAGGUCCAGCUAUGGCCAGUCGACAAGUUGACAUAGCUACACAGGGAUGGUUUAUUGGCCUGAUGUGUGCUGUAGCCCUCAUUAUUUUAAUUCUGCUGAUUGUUUGUUUCAUCCGAAGAAAUAAAGGUGGAAAGUAUCCAGUGAAAGAAAAGGAAGAUGCCCAUGCAGACCCUGAAAUACAACCCAUGAAAGAGGAUGAUGGAACAUUUGGUGAAUAUAGUGAUGCAGAGGACCACAAACCACUUAAAAAGGGAAGUCGGACCCCGUCAGACAGAACUGUAAAAAAAGAAGACAGCGAUGACAGCUUGGUGGAUUAUGGAGAAGGAGUAAAUGGGCAGUUUAAUGAAGAUGGCUCCUUUAUUGGACAAUAUAGUGGCAAAAAAGAAAAAGAACCCGUAGAAGGCAAUGAAAGUUCAGAAGCUCCAUCUCCUGUCAAUGCCAUGAAUUCCUUUGUGUAGUCAUCAUUAAGCGGUCAUAUUCUCUUUUGUAAGCUGCCACGUUCCAUUCGAUGCACUCAGCUUUCAUUCAGUGGUCCACACGACGUAGAGUUAUUCAUACAUUGAACGGUACUUUCUAAAUGCAAACUCUUGUAAGUGAUACUGGAUGUCGGUGUAAUGGUACGACAUGUCCAUCUUUUUUGUGUUGUUUUUCUACAGUGUGCAGAAACAUGCACAGAAUCUACAAUGUAGCAAAAUGAAGUAAGCCUGAAGCCUGUUUCAUUUAUGAACCUAUAAUGCAUGGAAUGAUCCACAUUUCACUUACCACCCAGUGUAUGUAAGCCAUGGUUUGGUCCUUUGUUAUGCAGUCCUUGGUCAGACAACUGGGUAUCGAGUCCAUUUCUUUUGUCAGUAUUAUAGUAGUGUGACAGUGUGUAGAACUUCAAUGUCUAUGUGGACAUUGGUGGUGAAGUUGGUGAAUUUAUUGUAUAGUCUACCACGUCUUUCUAAAAGACUAGAAUGUGAGUAUAUCUAUAUGGCGACUAAAUAAGUUAAGUAUGACACUUGCAUUUGCUGAUGCUUACUCAGACCCAAAUAUAUGCUAUUUGCUCCCGUUACUUUAUAGCCUUUUUGACUUAUAAAGUAUUAUACUGUACGUACAGUGUUGUAUUUAGUACCCCAUAUAUAAACAGGCUAUUUCGAUUCCAUAAAGUUAUAAUCUUUGCAAUGCAUUCUGGGAUUUGUAUUGUUCACAGUCACUGAGGGGACAUCAUGAGCCCCCAUGCAUAUUGUUCAGUGCCUUUAUUUGAUAUGCAUUCCAUGAUGCACUGCUCUGCUGGGUAUGUUGGUACAGUAAAGUCAAAUUGAUGAACUACAGUAUCAUUUUUGCCAAAAAUGUAAAUUGUGUAAAUGAUAAAGAUGUUAUAAAAGCAUUAUUGGAACGAAAAAAAAAAAAUCUCUAUUGUAAAAUGAAAUUGUCUAUAUGCUGCUGCAGGUCCAUUGUUUACUGACAUUGCUAUGAACAGAAGAGUGUGCACAUAGCACAAGCCACAUUAAAAAGGAAAGCACAGCAUGCGCUGAGAUCCAUAUAUCGCUUAUAUGAGCCCAUCUGUUUCUCACUGGGUGUCAGUGAAUAUCGACACCUAGGACAUGUACACAAAUAUCUACUUCAGAUCCUAUUAGAGCUAAAGAACAAAAAAAGCAGAAUGAAGCCCUGCACAAGAGAAUGCAACUCUCAGUGGUUCAUAGAAUGGAUGGAAGUCACCUGUGGCAAAAGUGUAUUUAUCUUGACUACGUAAACUAUUCCAAUACUGUGGUUUAGCUUCAUAUGAAAAUAUAUAACAGCCUAUGGUUGAAGCACUGCUCAGUUUCAUUUGCCAAUAUAUUGCAUUUUCAUAACUUGCAUCAAGUUUAAUUUUAAGUGAGCUAUUAUAUGUAGAUAUUUUGUUCAAUUUGUAAAUAUACAGAAAGAUUAGAUGCUUUUAUGCUUGUAGGUGUUACAGAGAAAUAAAGCAAAGAUUACGUUGUACUGUGUAAGAAGAAAUAUAGCCAACGGAGUGCAUGGUAUUUUCAAAGCAUCUACUGAAAUGCAUAUAUUUUGCUGUGAAAUGACAUAGUGAACUAUUGUAUUUACUGCAGACUUCUUUAACUUGUGCCAGUAUGUUACAUUUGUCAUUCCUCUUCUCAGACUCUAUAGGACGAAAUAAAAGCACAAGUUUGGCAGCUGUGUAUACACUCAUGUCCCUUCACUUACAUUAUGUAUCAGCCCCUGUAUGUAGUAACAUAUUUUGGUGUCUUAAUGGAACCUGAAGGAGUGAAAAUAAAUUCUACAACUCAUAUUACAAAGCACAACUAGGCAGUAUCCGGUGAUAAAGAGACUUCAAUAGCUUAUCGGUGGCUGUGAUGGUCUUUUAUCAAGGGGAAAUCACUGUGACAUAAUUCUGUGUUGUGUCAAUUUAUAUAGCAAAAGAUGUGUCUGCUUGUCAAGGUUACCUGUCUGCGUCCUUAAGAGUAGCAUAUUCUUCACAUGUGACUCUGCCGUGCUUUAUAAUUGACACAAGAGAGCAUGAGAAUUGUGCCUUAGUCCUUGAUCAAUGACCUCUGGACAAGUAACACAUGCUAAUACAAGCUGUGCAUGUAAUGGUUCACCUGCAGACUCUCUUGUGUAAAAACAACAUUUUGUAUAUUAAUAAAUGUAUUCAAGUUUCAGCACUGUGUUUUCACUGUGUCCUUUAAAGCUUCGUCUUCAGAUUCCCCACCUAUCUGGCUAGAUAACUAUCCAAAAGGAGAAUAAUGCUUUGAAGGGGUACUCCGGCGCAAAACAUCUUAUCCCCUAUCAAAAGGAUAGGGGAUAAGAUGUUAGAUUGCGGGCAUCCCCCUGCUGGGGACCCCUGCAAUCGCCGGCCUGCCCCCCACCCCCUCCCAUAGACAUGAAUGGAGGGGUGUGGUGUGACGUCACAAACAAGGGAGCUCCAUACUCCCGUGUUCUGGACGCCGUGUUCUGGCCCAGAGAUCGCGUGGGUCCCCAGUGGCGGGAUUCCCGCAAUCUAACAUCAUAUCCCGUAUCCUUUUGAUAGGGGAUAAGAUGUUUUGCACCGGAGUACCUCUUUAAGGAUUGCUUAUAAUGUUUGUCUUCCUCAUAUGUCACUGUCUACUUUUCCAAUAUGCCAGACCUUCAACCCUAAAAUAAAUCUAUUAUCUUCCAUAUAAGAUUAAAAUCUUUGUAAAUGUAUAUUUUUUUGUUACUGUAAAUUGUAACACGGCAUCAAAGCAAAGAGAUCUGGACUUCUAGUAGCUUCAAGGUUUAAGAAGAGCACAUUCAAGAUGCAUCACAUGCAAAUUUACAUGUUGUACUUGCAAAUUUUGCAGCCGAUCUGCUGCAGAUUUCUCUCAUUACAGCGGUAAAAGCCACCGGUAAACUAUACAACAUAAACUGACAUACUGCUGAUGUAAAGGGGUUUUAUAUAUGCUUCAAUAAAUCUUACAGUCUUGA